GGGGAUUGUUGGUCCGUCAGCUUUUGGAACAGACAGCAGAAUGGGAGUGCAAUUAGAGACAAUCUCACCGGGAGAUGGACGGACCUUCCCAAAGAAAGGGCAGACCGUGCAUGUACAUUAUGUGGGGCUCCUGGAGGAUGGCAAGAAGUUUGACUCAUCCCGUGACAGAGACAAGCCUUUCAAGUUUAAGAUUGGCUGUCAUGAGGUGAUCCGUGGCUGGGAGGAAGGAGUUGCACAGAUGAGUGUGGGUCAGAGAGCUUGUCUCACUUGUUCCCCUGAUUAUGCCUAUGGCAAAACUGGACACCCGGGGAUCAUACCCCCCAAUGCCACCUUGAUUUUUGAAGUUGAGUUGCUGAAGAUGGAAUGAGAAAUGGAGUGUCUACGGGUGACGGGUGCCUGCCAAGAAGGUCACAGAGUCAAAAACCCAGAAUGGAUGCUACCUCCUCCGUCCCCCCCGCCACUCACUCUGCCUUUUGCUUGUCACUUAUUUGCCACCCCCAGCAGGACCUGGGCACCUUGUA